GAUAUAACAUGCUGAAAAUUACAUAUUUGCAUCAAAAAUGCUUUGAGGAGUCAAGAUAUAAUAAAAUUAAAUUAUUUCAAAUUUUUGCUAUCAGGCAAUAUGAAAAUGAAGCAUUUGUGAAACAAAGGGCAUUAGAAUUACUGUUCUGAACUGGACUCAUCAAACAUAACUAAGUAACACCAGCACAAGUUGCCAAAAAGGGAGGUAAAUAAAAUCAGUGUCAAGCAAAAAUAAAAUAAUUUCACGAUGCAACCAAUAGACCCUAAAUUUAAAAAUUAAGCGUGGAAAGAUAAAGAGUUUUAAAAAGUCAACCCACUUUUUAAAUGAAAUUAUAAGUCUUGAAACACUUACAGGUAUUCAAGAUUUGGGUGAGUCAACGUUAUAUUUAUCUUAAGAUUUUCAGUGGGAUAUAGAAAAUCAAAACAAGUGAUUCAGAGAAGUUACUUUCCUCAUCGUAUUUAUUCAUAAGCUGUAUAAGCGGAUGUUUAUGGUUUUUAAUGAAAUCAUAUCCUGUGAAAAAAUUGAAAGAUAGGUGCGGAUACGUGAAUCAUGAUGUAUCCGAAUCAUCUGUACUGCUAAAGCUUUGCCCAUCGAAAUAGAAAAGACAGAUUUGUGUAUACAGAAGACGUUGUUUUCUAUACCCCCAAAUAUCAUGGUGUUAAUCCGUCUAUGCUAACUUGUGAUAAUCGCUAUUCACAUUUUAGUUGUGAAUAGUUUUUGGUUUUAUAUUCAGUUUGAAUAUCCUACCCCUAUUAUGUCGAUUGUUACUAUUAUCAUCCUCAAUUUGGACAGUUUCCCGUAUUGUUUCACUUUUUUUUCCAUUUUUCCAAAGGAAAUAUGGAGUUUUAAGUUUUAGUAUUUCAAAUUUCACACCAUGUUACGUGACGAAUUUUUUAUUUGCCUAAUAAUCCUAUUAUUCUAAUCCCCAUCCCACCGCCUAUUCCUUUUGUUAAGCAUUCUAAUAUACUAUAAAAAGUGCGAGUGCUGGACAGCUGUUUCAUGCUAGUGACUGGGACUCCUCGUCAGCGCUAACCUUUCACCGGCCAGGGUUCGAACCGAGGCCUUCCUGUGACAAUGCAAGCUCGUAGACUAUUAAGCCAUUGCGACCCUAUCCAAUGACAAAACUGUGAAUUCUUACUUCUACCAAUUCACGAUAAAACGCGACCACUAGCCAGGGUCAUCGGCGAUUAUUUGCCCUCACACCCGACCUGCUGUAAACCGAAUGGUCACGAAUGACUAAAAUCCAGGUAACUAGACAUCUGAAUAAGUCUAGUCACUCAUGAGUAAAAGAUUAUUAUUCAAGUGCUGGUUUCGAAGAGAUUUGAUUGGUUAGGGGAUUUCAUCAUGAGCUGAAAGAGGUUAGAGUACUUUUGAGAAACCUGGGAGUACUCUAUAGCUGUUUCUUCCUAGUAUGGAUUUCUUCAUCAGCACCUCGCUGAACCGGUGUCAGCUUAUGAUGAAAUCCUGUAGCCAACCAAUACUCUACAAAGCAACACUUGAAUAUUAUAAAAUACAACACUAUUUAUUUUUACGAGUUGGUCACGGAUUGAUAUCAGUUAGCGAACCAUUGGAAAUCAGGAAGUAUUGAACAGCUGUUUCGUGCUUUUUUGGGAUUCAUCGGCACAAUGCACCCACUGCGUUUCUGACCCAGGAUAUUCCGGUUACAAAACAAGCUCGUAUACUACUCAGUCACUCGGAUGCGACUCAACGGCCAGCCCAUGAAUUCUAACUUUUACCAAUUCGUGAUUUAGCGCGACCACUAGUGGGUACGUAUUGCCAAUGACACUCAAACUAGCGCUCUCUAGUUUUCAGUGGUUCUCUAACUGCUAUCACUCUCUGAUGAACUCGCAAAUACAUAUCUAAUCCUUAAAAAUCAACAAUUGAAAACUGUUUAUUUUGCCACUGGAAGUUUAAUCAUGAUUAUAAUUACAGACAUUCGAAGUGGAUUCAAUGGUAUUAUUACGUUAUGUAUUCAUACCUUUGUUUGAGGUUUCAUUACAGGGUAUGAUUUCUUAAAUAAUGUAUAUGUUCGAUUAUGCUAAAACGCUAUCACAGAAUAGCAGUUCUCUUAAAACCUGAGUACAUAAAUGACAUAAACUGCAUAAAUAAAUAAACUAUGUCCUUGACUUAUCAUAAUUUAGUGAUUUAAUGUUGAGUUUAUUCGCAGAUAUUGUCUAAGACUAAAUAAUGUAUUCGUCUGCUGAUGAAAUUUGAAAUUUUACAGUAAAAUAAUUGUACCGGAUUAUUUUACUGGUUGUGAACUUUUAAUUCGACCGAGAGGAACUGGUCUUUCUAAAUCCAAAUCAGCUAAGCAAAAAUGUGUCAAACUACAAAAUUUUAUUUUCCCAGCACUUAACAUUACUUUUAAAAUUCAAAUUUACACUUUACUAAUGUUCGAUGUACUUGUUUUCUUCACUCAUCAGGUGGUUAUGACGCUGGAAAAAGUAAGUUAUAAUUUUUUAAAUAUCGCCUCACCGCAAUUAAAUACACACAGCUUUUCCACGAAGCGAAUUAGUUUAUUAACAAUCCUUUUCAUAAUUUUUAGAACGCUUGAGCAUUUUGCAAUACAGUAACUCUUAGAACGAUGCAACCCAUUUAGUUGAAUUUCCUGUAAUACGAGUGUAAGUUUUUAUCGCAAAUGGUGUAAAAUUUCUUCUGCGUUUGAAAUCCUAACGUCGAAUAAAUAUUUUGAAGAUGUAGUCACAAUUGAAAAUAAUUUCUUUUGACGUUAAAUAAAGCUAUCAAAAACAUUUCAAC